AUGUUUAAUAUACUAAAACAUACAAAACGAUUGCCUAUCACCAAUAUAUCCAGAUCAAUUAACUAUGCUAUACGACAACCAAUAAAACAAAACAGUACCAAAAUUAUAGGUAUUUCUUCAGGUAUUUCAAUUUCAUAUUUAUUAUUUAAACAUAUUGAUAAUGAUGUACAUGCAUUAGAUACAACAGUUCAUGAAUUAUUACCAAAACCAGAUUCAGAUACUUAUGAAAUGGGAUUAUAUUUAGCUUCGCAAGAAGAAGAAACAAAGCAAUAUAAAAACUAUCGAAAAUCAAAAUCAACGCACUCCAAUUUAGUACUUCGAUGGUUUUUUCAAAUAAAAUUCUUUAUAGAUGAUUAUGUCAUUGAUCCCAUGUUUACAUUUACCCGUUUUUUAGAAUUGUCAUUCAUAUUUGUACCCGUGUUGUUAAGUUCUCCGAUUUGUUGGUUUGGAAGGAAGAAGAAAAUGCAAGAUGGUACAAUUAUCAGAUCUGGUGCUUCUUUAUGGUAUGUUUAUCUUCGAUGGAGCGCAGAAAUUGCAGGUGCUUCAUUUAUUAAAUUAGGUCAAUGGGCAGCAUCAAGAACCGAUAUUUUCCCACAGGCAAUGUGUGAUGAAUUAAGUCAAUUACAUUCAAAUGCAAAAGCACAUUCAAUAGAAGCUACAAAGGAGAUCAUAAGUAAAAGUUUUGGUUAUUUACCAUUUAAUGAAAUAUUUGAUGAAUUUAAUGAAAAACCAUUGGGAGUAGGUGCAAUUGCUCAAGUUUAUCUUGGUAAAUUAUCAGACAAGGCUGUAAACAAAGCAAGAGAAGAAGAAAAAAAAAUAAGUGAAAGAUUAAAGUCACUACAUGGACAAAACAGCCCUCAACAAUUUUUUGAAAAGUUAGUUGUGACAGAACAUUUAAAUUCUAAUCAAAAUGUAGCUAUAAAGGUCCUACAUCCAAACGUCGAAGUUAAAAUUAAUCGAGAUUUAAAAAUUAUGUCAUUUUUCGCCAAUUUUAUAAAUGUUUUACCUACUAUGGAAUGGUUAAGUUUACCGGAUGAAGUUGAACAAUUUAGCAUAUUAAUGAGAUUACAAUUAGAUCUUCGGAUUGAAGCAUUAAAUUUAGCUAAAUUUAGAGAAAAUUUUAAAAGUAGAUUAGAUAUACAUUUCCCAAAACCAUAUUUAAAUUUCACAACUAGGGAUGUUUUAGUUGAGGAAUACAUACAUGCAAUACCAUUAGAUAAACUAUUAUCAUUAACGGAGAAUUUUGGAAAGAACCUAUCAAAAGAAGUUUCAGAUAAAGGUCUCGAUGCAUUUCUUAAAAUGUUGAUCUUGGAUAACUUUGUCCAUGCAGAUUUACAUCCAGGUAACAUGAUGGUAAGAUUUUAUAAAAAUGAACUAUUCAAACAUGAGAAAGAAUACAAAAUUGUGAAAUCAUCAAAUGAAAAAGAUAUAAAUAAAGUAACUGAUGAAUUAUUAAAAUUAAAGACUCCUAAUGAAUGGUGUACCAAAUUAGCUGAUUUAUAUGAACAAGGAUACCAUGCCGAAGUUUGUUUUCUUGAUGUUGGUCUAAUUACAGAAUUAAAUCACACUGAUCGUGUCAAUUUCAUUGAUUUAUUUAAGGCCUUAUCUGAAUUUGAUGGAUUUAAGGCUGGUGAAUUAAUGGCUGAACGUUCAAGGACACCCGAAACUGUAGUAAAUAAAGAAAUAUUCGCUUUGAAAGUUGAAAAAUUAGUUGAUAGGAUGAAGGAUAGGACAUUCACUCUUGGAAAUGUUUCAAUUGGUGAUUUAUUAGAUCAAGUUUUAGGUAUGGUUCGAACUCAUCAUGUUAGAAUGGAGGGGGAUUUCGUUACUGUUAUUGUUGCUAUUUUAUUACUAGAAGGUAUUGGAAGACAAUUGGAUCCUAAUUUAGAUUUAUUUGCAAGGUUUGUAUAUGCGUUAAUAUUUGGAUUUCCAACAGAAGAAAUGGAUUUAAAAUUUUUAGUUGGAAUUUAAUACAAGAAAAUGAUAUGAGAACAUUUUGUUGAAAUUUAAUAGAAUUCUUAAUUGGAAAUCCGAAUUUUAAUAAAUGACGAUACUAACUUUUCCAGUUCUUUACCUGUUUUAAGAAAAUUGGGAGUAUCUAAAGAAGGUAGAGAGAUAAUGAAAAAUGAAUCAGAUUUAUCAAUGAUUAAGAUUUGGUUAGCUUUGGAAGUUAGACAAUUUAUCAAUGCUUCAAUUCAAGACAUUCAUACUUUGGUGAAAUCAGAUAUGUUGAGUCCGAAUAUAUAA